AUGCUGCCGGGCGGAGCUGAGGGCAAUGGAAUGGAGUCAGCGGUGGCAGACCUGUGGGAUGGCUUUGGGGACUUCUUCCAAGCGGUGUCGACUGGGCAAGAUGCGCUGUUGCGGCGCCGCCUCCGCGGCAACAUUUUCGCAAGUUUUAAACAUGGGUCAUCGUGCCUGCACAGAAUAACUGAAUUUGUAAAAGAAUGUGCAAUAGAAUGUGAACGUAAUAGAAUGUUAACGAAGUCUCUAAUAAUGAUAAUGGCAUGCCGAUUCUUGACUGUUGGCGUCUUCUUUUGUGCAGAUCACGGUUUCAGAGGCCCCUACGAUGUCCGGGAUCGAUUCUGA